CUCCGCAACACCACAGCACCUGGAGCUGGCUGUGAGCUCCCCGGAAUUACAGCACCACACUGAAUGCGGAGGAGCUUAGUAUCUAUCCAUCUGCUUGCUGUCUCUAUACGCACGACUUCGGGUCUUUGGCUUCUCUCCUCCCCAUCCACCACAGCUCAAUCAACACCAAACAAAAAGUGCGGGGGAAACACAUGACCAGUUACUCUCCCUCCCUCUUGUUGCACAUUUGAUUGCAUCCUGUCUCCUCGUACGAUACAAUACGGCAUCUCGUCCCACCCUACCUCUCUAUCUCUUUGUUCUGGUUGCCGAGCCGCCAUUUUGUGCAGCCGCGGUGAUUCACUCCCCUCGUAGACUUACAUCGCCAUCGAUUCCAAAUCCUCCAGAGCUGGGAUUUCGGUAAACAACGCAGUCAAGCUCUCUCCUUCAAUUGAGCCACGCCCACACCCAAAUUCCCACCACUGCCCACCGUCCACUCCACCGGCACCAUGCUGUCCCGAAGCUUCGCCCGAGCCGCCAUCGCUGCACCACGCUCAUUGCGAGCUUUCAGUGCCACCGCUGCCCAGCAGAAGGUCCCCUCCAUGUCAGACAUCACACUCGACCAGGUCGAGUCGUUCAACGCCAAGCAGAAGGAAUUCCGCGUGCACUUGGCUCAGCUGCGGAGAGAGAAGGAAGAGAGACAGAAAGCCGAAGCUCGCGAGAAGGCCGCCAAGAGCGAGCCCCACCGGCCCGAAGGCCUGUUGACCAACCUCAUCUACGGCACCAAGGAGGGCCGCGAGAUGGAUGCCCAGCUCGAAGCUUCCUUCUCUGCUGUUCUUGCUCGAGGCAAAUACGUCCACUCGAUCGUCUUCCAUCAGGUCCAGCCCGACAAGGUCGACGAGUACGUUGACCUUGUCGGCAAGUGGUACCCCAAGAUGGCAUCCCUCGAGGAAAAUAAGGUUCACCUCGUCGGUAGCUGGCGAACCGAUGUUGGUGAUUGCGACACCUUUGUCCACAUCUGGGAGUACGAGCGAUACCAGGGCUACCACCACUCUUUGCACUCAAUCUCGCGACACCCCGAGUUUCCCGAGUUCGACAGGAAGCUUAGGUCUCUCAUCAAGAGCAAGAACACCUCCAUCAUGCAGGAGUUCAGCUUCUGGCCCACCACUGCCCCUCGACAGCUGGGCGGUGUCUUUGAGCUGAGAUCCUACACCCUACACCCCGGCAACUUGCUCGACUGGGAGACGUACUGGCGCAAGGGCCUGCAGGCGCGACGUGAGGUCAUGGAGGGCGUGGGAGCUUGGUUCGUCCAGAUUGGUGAUCUCAAUACAGUUCACCAUCUUUGGCAGUUCGCCAACCUCGAGGAGCGCAAGACCAGACGUGAGCAGAGCUGGAGGCAGGAGGGUUGGGCUGAUACGGUGCACAAGACAGUACCUUUGAUUCAGAGCAUGAAAUCGAGGAUUCUGACCCCUAUGCCAUGGUCGCCCGUGGCAUGAGGUACCAAGCGGUCUUUUUGUGUUAGUUUGAGAAUAUCGGAAUGGCUUAUUGGAAUGAAAUCAGCAAUCAGGGCUCUUGUAUCUUGUCACCAGUCAUCGGCGUCGUCGGGACGCUGCCGCCUACCCUUUUGUAUCGUGCUAUAUCGCUAGGUAUACAUGAGUGAAUGUGCUCCCGACCUCGAUGCGGCUUGAUUUAGCUCUACUGUAUCGCAUAAUCGGUACGAGAAACUUGGAAUAAGAACGGAUUUAGCACCGUGUUUAAUAACUAAGAUAAUUAAUUUUGGUCCUACUAUUUUAUAAUGAAAAGGGUUCUGAGUUAA